AUGGCGUUGCGGUCGGCUGUGCUGUUCGGUGGUGGUUUUGGCACCCAAUAUUUGAAAUGGCUCAAGAACGAAGCUCAUGAAGCAGAAGAUGUUGUCCAACCUCUAGAGACCUUUGGACAUGUAUUGUUUUCCCUUGCCUUGUCCAUGUGCUUCGGAGUGAAGCUGGAUGACGAGGCUUAUCUCUUCCCCCAACGGUGGAAGGAGAUGCUAGCAAUCCGUACAAGGCUGGUCACCAACCCCAUCCCCAUGGUACAAACCAGAGCACAUAAAAUGGAGGAAAACAAGAAAGAUGGCAUCUUUUCUUAUGCAGAUUCACUACUUUCAUUGGACCUUCCAGGAGGUGGGAAACUCAAGGAGUCUGAAGUCACCACACUCUGCUAUGAAUUUCUCACUGCCGGUGUUUCUACCGUAGUGUCGUCAUUGCAAUGGGCAAUGGCGAACCUGGUCAAAUACCCAGAUGUACAAGCCAAGUUGUUUGAGGAGAUUGAGAGAGUCACUCAGAAAAAUGGAGGGGUUAUCAAUGAAGAAGACCUCAAAAAAAUGCCUUAUCUCAAGGCAGUGAUCUUGGAGACUCUUCGUAGGCAUCCACCCAUACAUACAUUGCUUCCACAUAGGGUUUCGGAGGAUAUAAGCUUGGAAGGAUAUACCAUACCCAAAAAUACUUAUGUGAAUUUCAUGCUGGUAAGUAUGGGUUUGGAUGGAAAGGUCUGGCAAGAUCCACUGGAGUUCAAGGCGGAGAGGUUCAUGGGAGGUAGGGAAAGUGUCGAUCUUACUGGAACGAGGGAGAUCAAGAUGAUCCCAUUUGGUGCAGGAAGGAGAGUCUGCCCAGGGAUGGGACUUGGAAUGUUUCAUUUGGAAUACAUGGUGGCCCAUCUGAUCAAGGAGUUUGAGUGGAAGGCCGUGGCAGGAGAUGAAGUGGACAUGGCUGAGAGUAUGGAGAUGGACAUAGACUACGUUAUGAAGAAACCCUUGCAAGCUUGUAUAGUGCCAAGAAAAUGACGGUGAAGUAAGCUAUAAGCAUCUGUUGUGUUGUUGGCAGGAUCGUU